UCUUGGAAAAAAUUUAAGCAAUGGCUUCAAAUAUCCUUCAACUCCACCAUGUCCACCUUCUUCCUCCAAAUCCAAAUUAUUCAAUAAUUCCACUCACAAAUCAUAUCCAUCUAAACAAAUUCACAAUCAAAUGCACUUCAAAUUCAAUACCUGAAUCUUCACAACCUGAAUUCUUAACCCCAUCACCUAACUCAGAAACAACAAAUAGCCCAGAAAAAUUCCCUAUAGAAAAAAGAAGAAAAUCUGAAAUAAUCCGUGACAGAAAAUCAAGAACUGGGCUUAUAAAACAAGAACCACCAAAUUUCGAAAUUGGGUGGAAAAGAACAAAGCCAAUACCUUUAGAAAAGCCAAUUGGAUAUCAAAUAAUGGAUUUUCUUGAAAAAUUGGAAGAGUUAAUGGCUAGAGAUUUUGGGUCAACGGUAUUAUUAGCUAAAGUUGGAGAAAUAGUUGCAGAAAGAGUUAAAGAAGAAGCAGAAGUGUUGAGGGAAGAAGGGAAAGUUGAAGAUAGAAUGGUGACUGAAUUGUAUAGAGUAUUGAAGUUAAUGGAAAUGGAUUUAGCUAUGGUUAAUGCUGCUAAGAAAGAAGAGACAUUGAAUGAAAGACUUGAACAAGCUAAGGCAAGGUGUAGACAAGCUAUUCUUGUUGCUAAUUCUUUUUGAGAGAUGGAAAAGCUCGAAUCUUUUAAUAAUUUCUAGUAACAUUUGUAGUGCAUUUAAGUAUGAUCAUGUUUGAAGGGGAGACUUUGGUGUAUCUAGUAAAGUUGAUGCCAUGUAAUCGUGAGGUCACGGGUUCGAGCUGUGGAAACAGCCUCUUGCAGAAAUGCAGGGUAAGGCUGCGUACAAAAAGACCCUUGUGGUCCGGCCCUUUUCCGGAUCUCGUGCAUAGCGGGAGUUUAGUGCACCAGACUGUCCUUUCAUGUUCGUGUUUGAGUCCUGCAAAUGAAAAUGAAAACCUUUCGGGUUUGAAUCCUGUAAAUGAAAAUGAAAAUGAAAACCUUUGAUAAGGAGUUUUUACCCUCUUA